GGGGGAAGAGUUUCGAGCCGCGUAGUUUUACAGGAGCCUCGAGGAGGUUGAGGGAGGCGAACUGAAAAGUGGCCUUUUCUGUCCCUUCCCCCUUGUACUGUGGUCGGGUAGAUGGACAAGGUGACAAUUGUGAAUGUUGCUUCAUGACAAAAAAGACUUUUAUUCUAUUGAUUCAGUAUAAAUCCUGAGUUGCCUCUGCUGUAUGGAGCAAUGUUGAGAUUCCAAGAAGUAGUUAAGCCGGGUACUCCUCUAACACCUGUUUCUACCUGUACAAAGACAUUGAUUUCAGGACGAUAUACUAUUCAACAAAAACUCGGACGUGGAAGCUUUGGAACUGUCUAUUUGGUUUUUGACAAAAGAGCAAAAGGAGAAGAAGAACAAUUGAAGGUUUUGAAAGAGAUCUCUGUGGGAGACCUCAAGCCCAAUGAAACUGUAGAAGCAAACUUAGAGGCACAGUUGCUGUCCAAGCUAGACCAUCCAGCCAUUGUCAAGUUUUACACCAGCUUUAUAGAGGGAGAAAGUUUUUGUAUCAUCACGGAAUACUGUGAGGGUCGAGACCUCGACUUUAAAAUUCAAGAGUACAAAGAAGCUGGCAAAGUAUUUCCUGAAAGCCAAAUAGUCGAGUGGUUUAUACAGUUGUUACUUGGAGUCAGCUACAUGCAUGAAAGGCGAAUACUUCAUAGAGAUUUGAAAGCUAAGAAUAUAUUUUUGAAAAAUAAUGUUGUUAAAAUUGGAGACUUUGGAGUUUCUCGUCUCUUGAUGGGUUCCUGUGACUUAGCAACUACUUUUACUGGGACACCUUUCUACAUGAGCCCGGAGGCACUGCAACACCAGGGCUAUGACACAAAAUCAGAUAUUUGGUCACUUGGAUGCAUUUUGUAUGAGAUGUGCUGUUUGGAUCAUGCAUUUAGUGGUCACAAUUUUUUGUCCAUCGUACUCAAAAUUGUGGAGGAUGAAACACCCUCUCUUCCAGACACAUAUCCAGGAGAACUUGAUGCAGUACUAAACUGUAUGCUGAGCAAGGAUCCAUCACGGAGGCCAGCAGCAGCAGAGAUUCUAAGAAUUCCAUGGAUACAUGAUCAAUUGCAGAGUAUGAAGUGUAAAUUCGCAAAUAUAAAUGUGAAGGACCAGGUGGUUAAUUCUCAAGAAGAGGCUGCUCAUAUAAUGAGUGCUGUGCAGAAAAGGGUACAUCUACAAACUCUGAGGGCCCUAUCAGAAGUUCAGAAAAUGACACCACGUGAACGGAUGAGGCUGCGGAAGCUAACCAUUGCUGAUGAGACAGCAAAGAAACUGAAACAGUUGGCUGAAGAAAAAUAUCAAGAAAAUCUUAAAAGAAUGCAAGAGCUUAGAUUCCGUAACUUUCAUCAAGCAAAUAUAGAUGUGCUCCAUCAAUCUGAUCAACAGAUUAAGGAGCACUGGAUUAAGUCUCAGCCUGUCACUACAUUCGACUAUUUGUCCAUAGGACACAAUGAUCAAAGUGACAGUGAUACAGCAGGCAGACUCUGUAUUUCUGCUCCAGCGGACCAUGAGAUCCCAGAAGAUCCACUCAUUGCAGAAGAGUAUUAUAAUGAUGUCUUUGAUUCAUGCUCUGAAACAAGUGAGGAGGAGGCAGAGGGAGAAGGAAGAGAAGAAGGAACAGGAAGAGGAGGAGGAGGAGAGACUAUAUCACAGAAUAUAUCACAGACUGUCUAUAAAACAAAUCAGCAGGACAGUGACGUUGAAGCAAUGGUCCAAUGUAUGGAGAACAUCCUACACACCAGCACUUUGGGUACUGGAACUGUCACCAGAGUGACUCCACGGGGACACGAGGGAUCAAGAGUUCUCAACAACACCAUGGCGGCAAGCAAGCUGAGGCGUAUGAGGGAGUCAGCCAUUCAAAAAUUGGGAACAGAAAUCUUUGAAAAGGUUUAUAAGUUCCUCCGGCAAGCUAGACGAGGAAAUGCAAGUGAAGAUGAAAUCAAAGAUUAUCUGGAGAAAAUGGGGUCCCCAGCAAGUGACUGUUUUGAAGUAGAUCAGCUUAUCUAUUUUGAAGAUCAGCUACAGGAUUCAGAAGGUUCUGCAGUGUGAUAUAUAUCCCAAAACAGGUUAAUAUGAAUUCUCUGAAAGCAACAAAAAGGGGACUCUUCAACUGGGCAAGCAGGCAUCAAGCUAUAUGUUUGGAAAAACAGGUAGCAUGAGAUACUGUUGGACAGCCAUUUUGUUAUCUUACUAAAUGAGAUAAACAGCAUCCUUUUUAAACUUACAGAUGAAGUCAGUAGGAGUUUUUGACUGAGUCCUAUAGAAGCACUGUUGCAUUUAGAUCAUACUUUCCUUGAAAAGUUUUUGAUUAUGACUGUCGAUCAUAUAUAUGCAUUUUUCAUUUAUUUUUUAGAAGACAUGGGAACGUUCACUAGCCCAACCUUUACCCAAGUUUCAAAGUGAUGUGCAAGAAUGAGCAUUAUGGAUGAGGUGGAGGAAAAACACAGGAGGAAGAGGGAAUAAAAUAAUUUUGGUUUACUCCCAUCAGCCAAAGAUAAAGUGGGAGAAUUUAGUAUAAAUGAAGGUAAAGAAAUCUAUUUUAUGGUGACAGCAGUGCUUCCUGAAUGGACAUUUCUCAUAUUCUGUCCUAGCUUUGUUUUCCUGUCAGCAACAUCACAUAGCCAGAUAGGAUUGCCUGGCCUCAUUAUGACCAGCACUCUUACAGAAGACAGGGGACUAUAUAUUUUUUAAAAAAACUGUGGGAUUGCUACAAACAAUCAGGACUACAAAAAAGUUCAUAUUGGGGCAAAUUGCUCUUGUUGCCUGAUACUGUCUGACUAUUGGAGAAGGAGGGCAUGUGGAGUCAGGAGAGAAGGUUGCCUGAUUGUGCAUCAGGACUGGAACACCUUCUCACAGCAAUUACUCCAUCCAAAAUUAAUUUUUCCAAAAAAAUAUGAAAAAGGUGGAAGUCAAUAGCUGUGGUGCAAUUCUCAGUUGAGUCAAUGGCUUUAUCUGUUUGAAGCUUGCCCAUGGACAUAUCUGAUACUGUAUCUUCUUAUGUGAGUGAGAGGGUGCCCCCUGUGAGCUGAGACAGCUACUGUUUGGAGGGGAACCACCAGAACCGCCCCCCUCAAAACCGUAACUCUACAGAUGCCAGAAGAGACCUUUCCUGGUCCAGCUGGCCCUGGAUGCUUCCCUCAUCAUCUCCAAGCCCAGGAUCCUGCAUAAAUAGAGAGUUCUGUUUCACAGGUGUCAUACUGGAUCAUAGCCAGUGUUAACAAAGCUACCUCUCCAUCAUGACUCAGCUCUAGUAAAACAUCUUUUUCUUGUUGUUUUUCUUGUUGUUUUCCAGUAAAAAAACAAAUGAAUCUUUCGUUUCCUAUCAGUGUGGUCAUGCUCUAUCCAGAAAUCACCACGUCUCUGUAUUGUAGAGAACACCCUUGUUAUCAGUACAUAGCAAAGUAAAGCAUAAAAAUGUUGGAGCACUUAUACAAAUUUUGUUAGAUUUCAUUUAGUUUUACUUCAAAUCAGCACUGUUCCCUCAGCUUUUCUUGGUGCUGAAAGCCCCUGGUGCUGCAGCUUCAUUGCUGACUAAGCUGGUUGCAAUCCAUUG